AUGGCGCACGUACUAAAGACGCUCAACAGCUGGUUCUGGUGGGAGAACAUCUGGAUGCCUAUCAAUUGCACAUGGGAAAAUUUUGUAGACCGUGAUGGACUUGUCUUUCCAAAGCCACAACAGUUAUAUGCCACGAUCCCGUAUGCCUUUGUAUUGCUGAUUAUCCGAUUCCUCAGUGAAAGAUAUGUUGCUAUACCUCUAGCAAAAGCUUUAGGUAUAAAGAAUGUAAGACGUGUGAAGCCACAGCCUAAUCCUGUUUUAGAGAGUUAUUUCCGGGAGUGCUCCAAACAUCCAUCCCAAUCAGAUAUUCAAGGCCUUGCCAAAAAGUGCAACUGUACUGUCCGUUUGGUGGAAAAAUGGUUUAGGAGACGACGAAACCUUGAGAUCCCAACAGUGCUGCGGAAAUUCCAGGAAGCUUUCUGGCGAUUUUCAUUCUAUCUUACAUCCUCCAUUGCUGGAUUUAUAUUUCUCUAUGAUAAACCUUGGUUUUACGACAUAUGGCAGACGUGGGUUGGCUAUCCAUUUCAGACUCUGCUGCCAUCCCAGUAUUGGUACUACAUGGCUGAGAUUGGGUUUUACUGGUCUCUCUUAUUUACCCUUGGAAUUGACAACAGAAGGAAGGAUUUUCUGGCUCAUGUCGUUCAUCACUUGGCUGCCAUUGGGUUGAUGAGUGGCUCUUGGUGUGGCAAUUACGUGCGCCUUGGAACGCUGGUGAUGUUUGUGCACGAUACUGCAGAUUUCUGGCUUGAGGCAGCCAAGAUGUUUAAUUAUGCUCACUGGGAGAAAACCUGCAAUAUGCUCUUUAUCAUCUUUUCCAUUGUGUUCUUCAUCACAAGAAUCAUCCUGUUCCCCUUCUGGAUUCUUCGUGCCACGUUGUAUCAGCCUACAUACUACUCCACAACUCCUGUCAUAGCAUAUUUUUUAUUCAAUGGGCAGCUAUUGAUCCUUCAAGGCUUGCAUUUGUAUUGGGCUUAUCUAAUUUUCAAGAUUUUGAGAAGGUUCAUUUGCUUAAAGGACUUGAAAGAUGACCGGAGUGAUGAAGAGGAGGAAGAUUCUGUCACAGAUAAUGAAGAAGAGUCCACAAAUAAUGGCAACAAGAACGGCUGUGGGUCAAGCAAACAUCUCCUAAACAGCAGCCACCACUAGUGCCAUCAUGCCUCGCCUCCUGCAGUGAUUUCUGGUUUUCACCCAACCUACAGGGUAGAAUUUAAGUGAAAAGGCUUAGGAGAGACUGUGAUUGAUUUAUUGUUGGCUACUGGACCUGGAAAAAAGCCCAGUUUAGAGGGGAGGGAAAAAUUGCAUAACGUGACAAAACGUGUUAAUGACCCACUU